GUAAGCUAUUAGCCAUUAGAUCCUUACCUUACCUAACAAAUCAAAAUACAUUCCUUAAAUUAGUAAAACUUCAUAUAAAAAGACAAUGUAUAAAAUAAAACUCACUCACAACACUCAAAAUUGUCACAAAAAUAAAAUGUAAUAAUUUUUUUUUUUAAUUUUCCAAAAAAAAAAAAAAAAAAAAAAAAAAAGAGGUGCAGAGCAUAGGUAUGUCCCUUCUAGAGGGGGCCAAAGCCACGUGAUGAUUUAUAAGCUCACCCUUCAUCCCACCCCCCCUUCUCUUUCUUCUUCUUUCCUUCACCUUCCCUACCUCCCUCUCUUUCUCUCAAAUUCCUCCCUUUUUUCUUUUUAUUUUAUUUUUAAAUUUAUAAAAAUAAAUAAAAUAAUUUUAUUUUAUUUUUUUUUCCUUUUUCUUCCUCACAAGACUCUUGAUAGUGGCAUCCAUCUCUUUUAGGGAUUGGCUCUUUCUUUCUCUCUCCGGAGCCAACGACAUACUACUACUUAGCUUCGUCUUAUUCAUUCAUCUUUUCUUCCUUUUCACGUCCCAUCACUUAUAAAUCCUCCCCAAAAAAAAAAAAAAAAAAAAAAAAAAAAAAAAAAAAACCCAAUUUCACAAAUAUUUAAAAUCAUUGGAAAUUAACCAUUUUUUUAUACAUAGAUCAUAUAUUAUUAUGGAUACUACUGGGGGUGGAACAUCCGAAACCGGAGGCGGCGGCGGCGGCGAAGGAUCAUCAUCAGGACAAAGAGGAGAGCUCACCCAUGGCUCAUCUAGUGGCGGCGGCGGUGGUGGUGGUGUGGAUGAUGGGUUUCAGUUAGUCGUAUCGACUACGACAUCAACGACAACCGCAGCGCCACCAAGCAGGUACGAGUCGCAAAAAAGACGAGACUGGAAUACUUUCUUACAAUACUUGAGAAACCACAAACCUCCUCUAUCUUUGUCUAGGUGCAGUGGAGCACAUGUAAUAGAAUUUCUCAAGUAUUUGGACCAAUUUGGUAAAACUAAGGUACACAUCACUGGUUGCCCUUAUUUCGGUCACCCUAAUCCACCCGCCCCGUGUGCUUGCCCGCUUAAGCAGGCUUGGGGUAGCCUCGACGCUCUUAUUGGCCGUCUUCGUGCUGCUUACGAAGAGAAUGGUGGCCGACCUGAAUCCAACCCGUUUGGUGCACGCGCUGUUAGGAUUUACCUUCGUGAGGUAAGGGAGAGCCAGGCUAAAGCCCGUGGUAUCCCUUACGAAAAGAAGAAGCGAAAACGUGCUUCUUCUUCUACUACCACUACUACCUCCACUUCCGCUCCCACCGCCACUACAACAGUGGAUGCAGCUGCCAGUAGUAGUGGAGUCCUCGGAACUGGUGGGUCCGGGGAUGGUGGUAGCGGAAGUGGAGAUGCCGCUGGUGGUGCUAGUACUGCUGGUGUAGGUCCUCCUACAACUACUACCUAAUUUUUUUUUUUUUUAUAUAUAUAAUUAUUUUUAAUUUGACUUUAUUAUCAAGGAUCAAUUAUUGUCCAACGCUGGAGGAUUAAAUUGUGAUUAUAUAUUAUGUGAAAGCAAGCAUAAUAUUAUUUUUCUAAUCCAAUCUCGUAUAUUAAUCAAUUAAUUAAUUAAUCAUUGUAUA